CCUCAACUAAGAAUACACGAAACUUCUGAAAACAAUGGCAACGCCAAGCCCAGAUUCAUCCUCGCACAGCAACCUUAGCUUUAGCCGUAACCAGUCCUCAUCUUCUUUGGGUUCGACCAAUCACAAACCCCACAAAGGAAACCAUCCUGCUUGGGCACCCUUCGACCAACUUUUAUCAGAGCAUGGCCAAGUCGAAAUCCAACACUUCAAGCUCUUGCAUCGAAUAGGCUGUGGCGGUAUGGGAAAUGUAUAUGUUUGUGAGAUUAAUAACACCGCCAUCGAAUCCAACCAUCAUCAUCCCCACUGCCUUUAUGCUAUGAAAGUGGUCGAUAUGGACCAACUCAAAGCUAAAAAGAAGUUACAUAGACACGAAAUGGAGAGGAACAUUCUGGGAAUGCUCGAUCAUCCCUUCCUUCCGACACUAUACGCUGAGUUCAAUUUUUUCCAGUACUCCUGUCUGGUCAUGGAGUACUGUCCUGGUGGCGACCUGCUCACUCUUAUGCAACACCAACCUGAUACCAGAUUUCCUCUCCCAUCUGCUAAAUUCUAUGCAGCUGAGGUGCUUGUAGCAUUGGAAUAUCUUCACAUGAUGGGUGUAAUUUAUCGUGAUUUGAAGCCUGAAAACGUGCUUGUUCAAGAAGAUGGUCAUAUUAUGCUCACGGACCUCGAUCUCUCCCUUAAAUGCGACGUUUCACCAAAACUUUUGAAAUGCAAUGCCAGUAGUAUCGUGGACAAGUACUACUCUCAUUUAUCAUUGCCUAACAAGAAAAACAAGAUGAAACAUUCUUCUUCCUCCUCUCCGAGUGCUAGUGCGAUACUACUAGCGGAUAUUCAGAAACCGGAGGUCCAAUUAUGGGCGGAGCCGACCGAUGCUCGAUCGGGUUCGUUCGUGGGCACACGAGAAUAUCUAGCUCCGGAGGUGAUAAGGGGAUUAGGCCAUGGGAAUGGUGUAGAUUGGUGGGCAUUUGGGGUAUUCUUGUACGAACUAUUGUAUGGUAAGACACCUUUUGAAGGUGAAUGUGCGGCGACAACCAUGACAAACAUACUUGGGCAACCUGUAACUUUUCCCAGGAUUUGUAGCGGUUAUGAAAUGGGGAAGGCACAUGAUUUGAUAAGGAAGCUACUUGUGAAAGAUCCAAACAAGAGAAUGGGAAGUUUGUGGGGUGCUGUUGAAAUCAAGAGGCAUGGCUUUUUCAAAGGCCUGGAUUGGGCUCUAAUUAGAUCACUUCAGCCUCCACAAAUCAAACAUCCAACUCAAAGUUGA